UGCUCUUCCCAGAUAAUUAUGCAUUGAAAUAUAGACGACAAACCACCGCCAUUUCCACAUCAUCUUUUUUCUCUAAUCAAUAUUAACAAAGCAAUUCUCCCGGUUCGCGAAUGGAUCCCGUUCUGUCAAUUGCACUUCUUUCGGUUGUACUCGGAGCUCUGGUCGUUCUCCUCUUCUUCAAAAGUUACUUUGGCAAGAGAAGAUCCGAGGUUCAAUCCAUCGCCAAACGGGAGCUCCAACCGGAUCAUAAAAAGCCUUCGAAGCCUUCGAAGCCAACCUCCAGAAAAUCUCACUCCAAACCUCACACUCACGCCUCAGAUAAAGAUCAAAACAAGCGACAUCAUCCGUUGGAUGUUAAUACUCUGAAAGGUCAUGGUGAUUCUGUGACGGGGUUAUGUUUCUCAUCCGACGGACGAAAUUUGGUAACAGCAUGUGCGGAUGGAGUUGUCAGAGUAUUUAAGUUGGAUGAUGCUUUAAGUAAAAGUUUCAAGUUUCUGAGAAUUAAUUUGCCACCUGGAGGUCCUCCAACAGCUGUCACAUUUACUGAUGAUGCAUCUUCGAUUGUUGUUGCAACUCAUAAUCUCUCUGGCUGUUCAUUAUACAUGUAUGGAGACGAGAAAACUAAAUCUGUUAAUGAAAAUAAGCAGCAAGCCAAGCUUCCUCUUCCAGAAGUCAAAUGGGAACAUCACAAAGUCCAUGAGAAAAGAGCUAUUCUAACACUUUGCGGAGCUACUUCUACCUAUGGCAGUGGUGAUGGGAGUGCAAUUAUUGCCUCUUGUUCUGAAGGAACUGAUAUCAUACUUUGGCAUGGAAAAACUGGAAAACUUUUGGGCAAUGUUGAUUCAAAUCAAUUGAAAAACCACAUGGCUGCUAUAUCACCAAAUGGGCGUUUUCUUGCUGCUGCUGCUUUCACUGCUGAUGUGAAGGUGUGGGAAAUUGUGUACUCAAAGGAUGGUUCAGUCAAGGAGGUUUCAAAAGUUAUGCAGCUUAAAGGGCAUAAGAGUGCAGUAACUUGGUUAUGCUUUGCACCUAACUCAGAGCAAAUCAUCACAGCUUCCAAGGAUGGCUCAAUUAGAAUUUGGAACAUCAAUGUUCGAUAUCAUCUCGAUGAGGAUCCAAAGACUUUGAAGUUAUUUCCAAUUCCACUUCAUGAUUCAAGUGGUGCUACCUUGCAUUAUGAUCAUCUUAGUCUGUCCCCUGAUGGAAGGAUAUUGGCAGCUACUCAUGGCUCAACACUGCAGUGGUUAAGUGUUGAAAGUGGAAAGGUUUUAGACACAGCUGACAAAGCUCAUGAAAGUGAUAUCACAUCCAUUGCCUGGGCACCAACGACGAUUCCAAUGGGAAGUGGACAAGGCUUUAUCUUAGCAACAUCUGGUGGUGACAAGAAAGUUAAGUUGUGGACAGCGCCAUCGCUUGACCUAUCAUGAGGGAAAUUCAAUUCACAAAAUCAAGCCCCCGGCAUGAAGGAGCUUCUGAUCUGACAGAUUGAUUCAGAUACACCAAAAGUUUUGAGCACUAAUCCUUUCGAGAUUAAAAAGUUCAGUGGCAUAUUCAUCACGAAUUACAUGGUACCGAUCUUCACUUGAGUGAAAAGUAGAACAGUAAACACUUUGAGUGGACAAUAGUGUGGAAAUAUUGACUUGGAGGUUGAUUGUACUGAAAUUUGCGUGACUAGAAACCAUCAUACAGAACUGGAAGAUGUGGUUUGAGUUAGCAUUAAUUUAUUUUGUUUAAAUCCUC